AUGAGAAAGCCGUACCGUUUCUACAGUUUAGCUCGCCCUAAACUGCGACAAUCAUGGAACAAGUACAACCUGUAUAACCUGUACCGCCAGACAGGCCGAGAACCCCAAAUUCGAGGCACCCCUACCUUCUUCCAGCAGAAAUGGGCGGCCAAGGCCAAGACUCGAUCGUAUCACGGAGAGCACAUCCCCGAGAAGAAAUGGGUGCGGCUCUUCUCCCGUCGACUCCUCUCUGCUGUGGACAUGCCACCGGAGUAUUUGGCGGCGCAUGAUGGUUCCGAGCAGGCUGCCGGUCGUGGUUCUGGCCUGACAACCACUCAGGAACGCUCAAGGAGGAGACCGCUCUUUGGCGACAUGACAUUUGCGCCUUUGGAGAGGAGGCUGGACACCGCAGUUUUUCGGGCUCUCUUCGCCAGCAGUGUCCGACAAGCACGCCAGUUCGUCAUCCACGGAGCCGUCACUGUCAAUGGAAAAAAGAUGGUUCACCCCUCUUACCAGCUGAACCCCGGCGACAUGUUUCAAGUGGACAUUGAAAAGGUCAUGUACGGCACCGGCGUGCAGAAGGCAGCAGAUGCGCACAAGCGACUUCACGAGAACCUUGAGGCAAGACAAAAGAAGGCAGAUAAAGCAUUGCAGAAUGCUGUGAAGAAGCUGGGCGGCAAUGCUACCGCUGAGCAGGCCGCUGCUGAGGGGGAGACUGAAGGCGAGAAGCCCGAAGCUGAUGCUGAGGCCGCCGAGGGUGAGGCCGCCACAAGCGAAGACGCCGGAUCAUUGACCCCCGAGGCCCAAUGGAAGUUGAACAACAGGGCCCUGAAGUUUCUGUUGAAGGAUGUCAAGAAGAUUCUGAAGAACAACCCCAAGGAACUCAGCGCCAAGGAGAAGAAGCAACUCCGUCUUUUCCGUGCAGAUGCUAAGCGCUUCCUCUCACAUCCUGAGAAGAGCGAGGCGGAUGUUGUGGAACUAAUUGACGAGUUGCAAUUACAGAUGAAGAGCCACGAACUGAUGCGAGAGAGCUUUGAGAAGCUUGACCUGAAAGAAGGCCAGGCUCUAAGCCAGGUUGAGGACGGAACCGAGGCCGAGGCUGUCCAAGCCACCUCACCGGAGGGCGAAGCGCAGCCAGCAGUCAACAGAGAACGAGAGGUUGAGAAGGGUCUGGAGGGCCUAUCAGAUGAGCAAAAGACCAAGGCCAAGAAGAUAAUUGGCGAUGCUAAGCUAUCCAAAGAGGAGAUGAGAAAGCUCGCCCGGCUGCUUCAAAUGGAUGAAGAGAAUCCCGUUGACGACUCGAAACCAUACGCUACCCCGUGGAGGCCCCGACCCUACAUGUCGGCGUUUGCCUUUAUCCCCCGUUACCUCGAAGUCAACCCCAACAUUUGCGCUGCCGUCUACUUGAGACACCCGGUCGCUCGAAAGGGCAUGGCCGAGGUGCCGACACCUUUCAGCUACCUGACUAGUCAACUUACCCAUAAUUGGUACCUUGAGCGAGGCUAA